AAUGGGGAACAAUUUGUGAUUCAGGAUGGGACUUGAGAGAUGCUAACGUUGUAUGUCGUCAACUUGGUUAUCCUGAUGCUGUCAAAACUCUUGAAAGGAACUUGGUUCCUCCUGGCUCGGGAAAAAUAUGGCUAACCAAUGUUGGUUGCACUGGGAAAGAACAAAAUAUUACAAGUUGUUUUCAUAGUGGUUGGGGGAAAGCUCAAUCUUGCUCUCAUUUUAGCGACGUUGGAGUUGAAUGUUCUAGGACAGUUAUACACGCGUUACUCAGGCUACAAGGGCCACUGAGUGAAGAUGGAACUGGUCGUGUUGAGGUACUCUACAAAGGACAAUGGGGAACAAUUUGCGACAAUCGAUGGGAUAUGCGAGAUGCCAGGGUUGUAUGUCGUCAGCUUGGUUACCACAACGCUGUGAGGACUCUUCAGAGGAGCGAGGUUAUUCCUGGUUCUGGACCAAUAUGGUUAAACAACGUUCAAUGUACGGGAGAAGAAGAAAGUAUUAAAAGUUGUUUACAUUAUGGUUGGGGUGUCAGUUAUAGUUCGUGUUCUCAUGAUCGAGACGCCGGCGUAGAAUGUUCAGAGAGACUAGAUGUAACAGUCAAUUGCUCCAGUUUUAUCGCAGUAAAUCUUGGUGAUGAUAUAACAUGCUUGUGUGAAGCAAAAGGUGGAAAACCUCCAGCCAAUGUGACAUGGUAUAAAGAUGGUGUCCAGUUUGGUGACACAGAACAGGAACAAAACGUGUUGACUCUCAGUAAUGUCAAUGAAACAGAUAUUGGAACAUACACAUGUACAAGAAAAAGCCAAACUUUUGCGAACGAAAAAUCAAUUUACGUCGAUUUUUACGAGAAACCAAAUUUAACAAUCAAUUGUUCGAGUCCAGUCACAGUUAAUAAUGGUGAUAAAGUAAUAUGUCUUUGUGAGGGAAAAAACGGAUACCCGCCAGCCGAUGUGACGUGGUAUAAAAAUGACGUCCAGAUUGGCGAGACGAAAAAGAAAAAAAAUGUUUUGACUCUCAGUAACAUUAAUAGAAAUGUUGGUGGAACAUACGUAUGCGUGGGGAAAAGCGACUAUCUCACAGAUAAAAAAUCAAUUGAAGUGCUUUUCAACGGUAAGUAUAGAUUUAAUUUUUAUCAUUAAUUUUGCCAUGCAGGCAUGCAGAUUUGCAAGCACAGGCAAAAAUCUAUUGCUAAAAUCUCGAAUUAGCUUUCCUUAAAGAAAUGUUUAAUUCCCUUUAUGUCAAAAUACAUAAAAUGUGUAUGAAAUAUCGAAAAAAUGUUUCUUUGAAUUAUCCAGGACAAAAUGUCCUUGAAAUAUCCAAGACAAAACAAACCUCCUUGAAGUAUCCUGGACAUGAAAUGAAAUGUCCUUGAAUUAUAGAGGACAAAAUGUCCUUGGGAUAUCCAUGCAAAAUGCUUUUUAAUUGCCCAAGACAAAAUGUUCUUGAGUUAUGAAGGGCAAAAUGUUCUUUAAUUAUCCAGGACAAAAUGUUCUUGAAUUAUUCAGGGCAAAAUGUCCUUGAAAUAUCCAGGAAAAUUGCCCUUGAUAUGUCCAGGGAGAAUGUCCUCGAAAUAUGCAGGAAAAAAUGCCAUGGAUUAUCCAGGGCAAAAUGGGCUUGAGUUAUCCAGGAAAAAUGUCUUUCAAUCAUCCACUGACAAAAUGUCCUGUAAUAAUUAUUCAGAAAUAUCUUAAUUGAAAAGGAAACGCAGGAAUCAGGAAUUAUAUAAAAUGAAAUAGCUUAUUCUAUGGCGGUAAGUAAAUAAAGCGAUACGUUUAAUGAAUUAAACUUCAAGUAAAGGUACUCAUGCAAACAAUAGGUUUUUAUGCGUCCUUUCCUUUUCGCUGCUGAGGUUAUGUGCACACGAGCGUCGUUUUCAAAGGGUACGAAGUACGAAGCUGGUGCGAAGCGCCGGUAGGGGUACUAAUUCCGCUCGGAGAUAUAUUAUACACAGAUAUUUUGACUGAACAUUUUAUGUCAUGGACGGUCAACGUUGGAUGGUUUUGUUAUGUGUGCCCGAAAUUUGAACGAGUAGAGACUGGUAUAAGGAACGACGGAAAAUAAGCAACGUGCUGAUCGCUGGUUUUAACUUGGUGGGGACUUAUAUACGCGUCACUAAAAAUAACGCCCAUCGUCCUUGAUAUAAUUAAAUAAUUGCGGUUGAAUUUUGUUUCGCAUUUUCACAAUCACCUACAAGCUGGCAAUUAUAAGCGGUGCAACCAUACAAAGCAUGGUUCGGCUACGUGGUUACCUUUUCUCAUAUAGUACUGUUAUUACUCCGGUGUCAGCGACGGAGUUCAAAAUUCAAGACUUGGACGUGCGGCACGCCGGAGUUAACGCCAGAGCAGGCGUCUUGUUCAGUAUAUUCCUGAUAAAAACUGUUUUAAAGACUAUAGCGUAUUGUUAGUUGGUGCGUUUAAAUACGACAGAUUUGUAUUAGUGUUUAGUGUUCUUGUUAAAUUCAUCAUCAACUUAUAUGACACAAACAAAAAAUUCCAGGGAACUGAGUUUAUCUUCAUCGCUCAUAAUUUAGUUGCAGAUAAAUCUGUCCGAAUAAUUAUAUGAAUAUGCAACAGAGCAUUCAUGCCCGGCUGAAACAAUUAUGUUAGACUGUUAACCAAACUAACAGGACACAAAUAACAGGUAAAAAUUCAAGAAAUUUGCCGCCAAACGGAAAUGCAGUUGACUGACAGGUAAGUAAGUAUAUUAUUGAAAAAUUUCGCUAUUUUGAAAUAUAAUUUUCACUUAUUUUUUCGCGAACAGUCUUUAAAGAGACAUUUGUUUUUGUUGAAUAUUUUAAUAAUUUUUAAAAAACGGCAGCAUUCGAAGUGAAAAGUAUCAUUGUUUGAACAGCCUAUAAACACUUUUUUGAAUACAUUACCCUUGGAACCAUGGUUGGAAGCCAUUUAUUUUUGUUCUGAUACAUAUUUCAAACAUUUUCUUCUAAAGAAUGCUUAACUAGAAGAGGUAAAGAACUUCGUACUUUAGGUCCAAAGAAACAGAGGCUAAAGCCCCCUUGCGUUUGACCGCAAUCUCUCGUGCACUCUUGUCGACUUUGAUGUAGCUCAAAUUUUAAAGAGAGUUGAUGAGAGUUCGUGCCCGUUUCGUCGGUCAUCGGAGAUGAUGAGAGUUGUUCAACAAGGCACAUGUAAAUAAGCUGUCUCAUCGUGGGUGGUUAUUGACGAAUGAAACCGCGCUAGAAGCUGGCGUAAAUCUCAGUGGAGUGUUUGAGAAAGAGGCUUCCAUUUAACGAUAUAGCGAGUGGGUCCAUGCAGACGGAAAGGUAAUUUUGCAAGCAUAUUAGCGAACCGUGGAUUAGAGCAGUAUAGAACACGCGGUAAGUACCUUUCUGCUAGAAUUAUAGUUGAGGCUAGUAGUUACGGUCUAUUUUUCAGGUAAUGAUAAAAAAAGUGAUUAUCCUACAACCUUGCAUUGCCAUUCAAUUUCUAAAAUUCAUAACGAUUUAAACUUUUCGAUAUGAACCAUGCACCGUCACGCGUAACAACGUUUGUAAAUGAAACGCAGCUUUUAUGGCAUGCUGUAUUUUAGCUAUUUCAUACUUUCACGAUUAUAGUUUGGUCUACAUGCAGAUUCUAAAUUAAAAGAGUACCUACUACUCAUGAAGGCAGGUUUUCUUAAUGCAAUAGAUCGUUUACCCUUCAUUUCAUGAACAAUUUGAAAUUCUUAUUUCAUUCAAGUGACUCUUUGGCUUUGCUGGUUCACAAAAUGAUGAGUCUCGCCAUUAUUACUGGCGUAAUUUUUGGUUUAGAUUUUGUAUCACACCAUUGUGAAGGUAAAUAUUUUUUUAUAUAAUAUUGUUUUUCAUUUACGCCUGUAUUCUAAAAGCUCACUCAAACUCAUUGAGUGGGAGAUCUCAUUCUUCCCACAAAUAAGAACUUCAUUUUCAGUGCUUUACCUUGGAUCUUUCCACUAAUUAAUACAGAACUUUCUCAUUAAUGAGCAAUAACAAGUUAAAAUUUCUAUGUCGCACUCAAUGAGGUACAAAAUUUGAUUUCCAUGGGAAUGACAUCGAUCAACACACAACAUCCAUACAGCAUGUACAAUUUGACUAAAAGCCACCGAAACGUACAGAAAUGUAUGAAUAAAAAAUUCAAACUAUUACUAAAAUGAAUAUUCGCUUUAUGAAAAACUUUUGGAGGAGAAAAUUGAUUCAGCUUGCUUGCAGGCUUCGAGAUUAUCCAUGAUAGAGAUUAUUCUAGAGGCAAACAGCGCGAUGGGACAUAAGAGAUGCUAGGUUGUCGUCAACUCAGGUAUA